AUGGAAGGACCGUGGCCGAGAGCAAUGGCGGCCUGGUGGUGGUGGAUGUCGCUGCUUCUUCUCGGCAUUGCCGGCUGCGGCGGCGUUCUUCAAGUCCAUGGCCAGGUGGAUAACUUAGGUUUCAUAAGCCUGGACUGCGGCCUGCCGGAGAAUGCCGCCGGCUACGUGGACAGCACCACCAAGCUGCGCUUCACCUCAGACGCCGGCUUUAUCAACGCGGGCACCAACCACAACAUGUCGUCCGAGUACAUCACGCCGUUGAUGGGCAAGAGCUGGCACAAUGUUCGUAGCUUCGGUGGCGGCGCUGGCGCGCGGAGCUGCUACACGCUCGGCCCCCUCGUGGCCGGGCUCAAGCACCUCGUCCGGGCCAAGUUCAUGUACGGCAAUUAUGACGGCCUCAACAAAGCGCCCGUCUUCGACCUCCACGUCGGCGUCAACUACUGGACGACCGUGAACAUCUCGAACGCCAACACGCCGGAAAUCUACGAGAUCAUCGCCGUCGUUCCUGGCGACUCGGCCGAGGUGUGCCUCGUGAACACGGGCUCCGGGACGCCCUUCAUCUCCGCCCUCGACCUAAGGCCCCUCGAGAACGGACUGUACCCGAUGUCGAACUCGACGCAGGGGCUGGUUCUUCUCACCAGAUCCAACUUCGGCCCAACCGACGGUGUAAUCCUCAGGUAUCCCGACGACCCGCACGACCGUUUUUGGAUCCCGCAGAGCAAGCCGACGGAAUGGUCAGAGAUCUCCACGGCGAAGAGAGUGCACAACAUGGAGGGCAGCAGCUUCGACGUGCCGUCGGCCGUGAUGCAGACCGCCGUCACCCCCAUCAACUCCUCCAGCCCCAUCCAGUUCACCUGGGACGCCGAGCCCAGCGCCAACGUCCCAGACCCCGGAUACAUCUGCAUCCUGCACUUCUCCGAGCUCCAACCUCUCCCGGUCAACGCCCUGCGCCAGUUCUACGUCACCCUCAACGGCCAGCUCUGGCUUGGGAAGGGCUUGACGCCGCAGUACCUCUACACCAACGCCGUCUUCAACGGCAUCCCCAGCCACGGGUCCCACCAGUACAACGUCUCGCUCAACGCCACUACUAACUCCACGGUCCCACCCAUCCUCAACGCCAUUGAGAUCUUCUCCGUGUUGCCCACGACUGGCAUAACCACGGCCACUCAGGACGUGUCUGCCAUGGCGGCGAUAAGAGGAAUGUACAAGGUGAAGAAGAACUGGAUGGGCGAUCCGUGCAUGCCCAAGAAUUUCGCGUGGAAAGGAUUAGGUUGUAGCUAUACUGUCUCCAGCCCACCAAUUGUCACAGGCCUGAAUCUAUCCUCCAGUGGCCUCAGUGGCAACCUGUCAUCUUCUUUUGCUGGUCUCAAAGGUUUACAAUACUUGGAUUUGUCACGCAAUAAUCUUACCGGCUCAAUUCCUGACACCCUUUCGCAAUUGUCGUCGCUCACGCUUAUAGAUUUGACAGACAAUCAGCUCAAUGGAUCAAUUCCUCCUGGGCUUGUGAAAAGAACUCAAGAUGGCUCCCUAACACUUAGAUAUGGCAACAAUCCAAACCUCUGCAGCAGCAGCAACUAUUGUGACGCCAGCUCCUUUAUUUUCGGGCAUCACUUCCUGCUGAAGGUUAUAAUCAAUUUAGUUGUAUCUACAGUACUAGUGAUUCUACUACUGUCAGUUCUUAUCCUUUGCAUCAAAAUGAGAAGGCGAGGGAGGACAAGGAACAAUAUCAAGCGGCAGAAUGAGGCGAGUAUUACAACAUCUCACUCUCAUAACAACAAUGGGCAUAGAUUGUUGCGAGUCGAUAAUCGUCAAUUCACGUAUAGUGAAUUAGAAGCCAUCACAAAUGGUUUCCAACGAGUAAUUGGCCAAGGAGGGUUUGGGAAAGUCUAUCAUGGUUUGUUGGAGGAUGGCACACAAGUGGCUGUGAAACUGCGUUCUAAUUCGUCAGAUCAAGGUGAACAAGAAUUCUUGGCAGAGGCUCAAACCUUGGCUAAAAUUCAUCACAAGAAUCUUGUAUCUUUAAUUGGCUACUGCAAAAAUAGGGAAUACAUGGCUCUUGUCUACGACUACAUGUCUCAAGGAGCUCUAGACGAACAUCUUAAAGGGAAAGAUAACAACCCAAGAACUUUGACAUGGAGAGAGAGACUCUGUAUAGCUCUAGAAUCCGCAAAAGGGCUUGAGUAUCUACACAAGGGGUGCAACCCACCCCUCAUUCACAGGGAUGUGAAGACGUCCAAUAUCCUGCUAAAUGCAAAGCUAGAGGCUAAGAUUGCAGAUUUUGGCUUGCUCAAGGCUUUCAAUAGCAAAGGUGAUACACAUGUUUCCACUGCAAGGGUGGUUGGCACACUAGGUUACCUUGACCCUGAGUACCAUGCUACAUACCAGUUGACCAACAAGAGUGAUGUCUUUAGCUUUGGCGUAGUGCUACUAGAGAUAGUCACUGGGCAACGACACAUCCUGAAGGACCCUGAGCCAAUAAGCAUUGUUCAGUGGGUGAGGCAACGCUUCGGAUGUGGCAACAUCGAGGGCAUAGUGGAUUCACGCAUGUGUGGUGGCCACGAUGUCAAUGGCGUGUGGAAAAUUGCGGACACUGCACUCAAAUGCACUGCCCAGAACCCUUUACAACGGCCAACUAUGACUGACGUGGUAGCGGUGCUACAAGAGUGCCUUGAACUUGAGGUUGCACAUGACGAUGUUAAUGGAGGGUUUUACUCAGUCAGGAGCGGUGGCAACAUGAAUUGCUAUGGUCAGUACGACACUGGCUCAUCUACUAAUGUGAGCCAAAGCAGCACUAUGUUUGAGCUAAAGCAUUUGGGUAGGGUGCCAAUAAUGUCUACUGACACUGCCCCAGCUAUUAGGUGA